UUUGGUGGAGGUUUUUUUCCAACUGUUUUCUUAGCAUUUCUGCAUACACUUCUCUGCAUUUGAAAGGUCAGCACUCAGCAAGAAUAAAGCUGAAAUUUCCAGAUAAGUAUUCUUUUUCCCACAUUAUGUUCUUUAUACUUUGAUUGAGUUUCACUCCAUCAGAACCCAAAAAAAAAAAGAAGCAAAAAUCAGGGUUCAUUAAACGAGUUGUUUGCAGCCGAAUCCUUAAAUACUUCUAGUUGUUCUCUUCAUUUCCUUUGUUACCUCAGUUGGGAUUUGUCUAGGUUGCGUAUAAAUCCUUAUCUGAAAGAAGGGAAGCCCCUAAAAACAACAGAGAAAAAAAAAGAAGAAAGAAAUUAUUGGUUUUCUGUUGUGGGAUUCUUGUUUUCUGCUGUAUAUUCAAGAUUCAAGAAUAGCAUUUUGUGUUUAAGGGUGUUAAAAGAUUCAGUCUUUUAAGUUAAUUCCUUGUGAUUGAAGAAUUACUUUGGUUGUCUGGGAUUUAUCAUCAGUACUGGUUUUUAUUAGUUUGAUGUUUCAGUAGUAAUGAAUUUGGGGUGAUUUUGUGUGUUCUGUGUGUGAAGGAUUGGGAUUUGGUAAAGUUAUCCUCUGUUCAAUUAUUUAGUGGUUUGACAUUGGAUUUAGUUCAAAUCUGUUGUACUUAUUAGGCAAUUGAGCUUCUGAAAGUUGAAUCUUUGGGGGGUUUAAUAUGGGGAAGCAAGGUGAAAAGGUGAAAAAACUAAUAGGAGGUAGAUCUGGUGGUUCUAAUGUGAAGAAAAACAAAGGUAGUGUGAAUAGCACAAGGUUGUAUGAUAACGAUACGGCUGUGUUCAUUUCGAUGUCCCAGGAAUUGAAGUACGAGGGGAAUAGGUUGUUCCAGCAAAGGGAUUACGAGGGGGCGAUGUUCAAGUAUGAGAAAGCCAUCAAAUUGCUCCCAGGAAACCAUAUAGAUGUGUCCCAUCUCAGGAGCAAUAUGGCUGCUUGUUAUAUGCAGAUGGGGUUGAGUGAAUACCCUCGGGCAAUCCACGAGUGUAAUUUGGCUCUUGAGGUUACCCCGAAGUAUAGUAAGGCGCUCUUGAAGAGGGCUAGGUGUUAUGAGGCUUUGAAUAGGCUCGAUUUGGCGAUGAGAGAUGUUAGUAGAGUGUUGCAGAUGGAGCCGAAUAAUCUUAUGGCUACCGAGAUUGCAGACAGGGUGAAGGCUUCGAUUGAGCAGAAAGCCGUCGGGCAAAAUGAUGUUUCCAUUGAUUUGAUCCCGGUACCUGAGUAUGUUGAACCGCCUUUCGUCUCAAGCUCUUCAAAAGCUUCUAAAGAGAAGGCGAGAAAGAUGAAAAACAACAAAAUAGAGGAGAAGAAAGUUGAUAGUGUAGAAGCUGAAGAUAAGAGUGUUGAGAAUGGAUUUGAUGAGACAGAUGCAAAGGGCAAGCGUCACGUGACUGAGAAAAACGAGGAGGAGGCCAAGAACAAGAAAGUUGAAAAUGGAGUUCUUGAGACCAAAACCGGAGACAAAAUUGGGCAAAAGAAGGCUAAGAAUAAAAACGAGGAAAAGAGAGACGAGUAUGGAUUUGAUGAAAUGAAUCCCGAGGGUAAGAAAGAGGAGGAGACGAAGGCUGAAGAGGUGAAAGUAGGUGACGACAAAUUAGAAGAUGGAGUUCAUCUUCAGAAGGCUAAAAACAAAAAUGUAGAGAAGGCCUUCGUGAAUGGAAUUCAUGAACCAAAUGCUAAAGGCAAGAGCGAAGAAAAGAAGUCUGAGGACAAAGACAUGGAGAAGAAAGAUGAGUACAGCGACGAGGAGAGAAAAACUGAAGAUAAGUUGGUGGUGGAAGAGAUGAAAAGUAACAGCUUGGAAGAACAGCCCAGAAGAAUGGUGAAAUUGAUAUUUGGUGAAGACAUAAGAUGGGCCCAAAUUCCUAUUAACUGUGGCAUUUUGGAACUGAGGGAGAUUAUAUGUGAUCGGUUCCCAAGUUCAAAAUCCAUUCUAAUUAAAUAUAGGGACCAAGAAGGCGACUUAGUGACGAUCACAACAAACGAGGAGUUAAGGUGGGCAGAAGCAUCUGUUGAGCACAGCUCUGUCAGGCUAUAUAUUGUUGAUGUUAAUCCAGAUCAAGAUCCUUUCUUUGAGAAAGAUUGGGAAGAAAAGGAACUUCAAAAAAAUCAUGUAAUGGAAAAUGGAGAUCUACGAAGUAAGGCAUUGCAGUAUGGACCACCUUGUAUCGAUGAUUGGAUCGUUCAUUUUGCUCAUCUGUUCAAGAAUUACGUUGGAUUUGAAUGUGAUACUUAUCUGGAUCUGCAUGAAGCUGGAAUGAAGCUCUACUCCGAGGCUAUGGAAGAGACAGUCACGAGUGAAGAAGCUCAAGAUCUUUUCGUUAUAGCUGCAGAGAAGUUCCAGGAGAUGGCUGCUCUGGCUUUGUUCAAUUGGGGCAACGUUCACAUGUCUCGGGCAAGGAAAAGAGUUUACAUAACCGAGGACGAUACAGGAGAAUCUGUUCUCGAACAGGUAAAAUGUGCCUACGUUUGGGCACAAAAGGAGUACUCAUCUGCAGGAAGAAGAUACGAAGAAGCGCUGAAGAUCAAACCGAACUUCUACGAAGGCAUUCUUGCUCUCGGGCUGCAACAGUUCGAACGGGCAAAACUCUCUUGGUAUUACGCAAUUAGCACUAAUGCCGAUAUGGAAUCAUGGCCUUCUACAGAAGUAUUCCAACUUUACAACAACGCCGAGGAAAAUAUGGAAAGAGGUAUGCAGAUGUGGGAGGAAGAGGCGGAGCAACAUCACAACGAACUCUCCAAAUCAAACAAAACACAAACCCUCUUGCAAGAAAUGAAGAUGGAGCAUUUGUUUAAAGAUAUUCCUACAGUUGAAGUUGGAGAACAGGCUGCAAACAUGAGGUCUCAGAUAAAUCUUUUGUGGGGUUCCAUGCUCUACGAAAGAUCCAUAAUGGAGUUCAAACUCGGGUUGCCUGUCUGGCAAGAAUCUUUAGAGGUUGCAGUCGAAAAAUUUGACCUGGCUGGAGCUUCUCCAACCGAUAUUGCUGUUAUGAUAAAGAGUCAUUGUUCCAACACAACUGCUCCAGAAGGCCUAGGGUUCAAUAUUGAUGAGAUAGUACAAGCAUGGAAUGAAAUGUACGAGGCAAGAAGAUGGCAGAGAGGCGUUUCAUCUUUCCGUUUGGAACCAUUGCUUAGACGACGAGUUUCCAAACUCUAUCAUACCCUUGAACUUGCAUGAGCUUGUGUCGUUGAUAAUAAUAUCAAGGUAGGAAGGGAAGAAGCAACCGCUACCACUGCUGCAUCGAACCUGCCCUCCACGUUUCAAUACUAUGUCUUCAAUUUGCAUCCACCCGUUGGCUUACAUCUUUUUCUUCCCGUGGCCCUUUGAAGCUGCACCAGCACAUUGCAUUUGUUAUGGCGAAUAUUUUACAGAUAUUCACAAGAAAUCAUCAUUUUAUUCAUUUCUGGGUGAGAUGAGGGUAGCAGAGAUACUUUUUGUUUGUUUCUGCAUCAUCAUCAUCAUCUUAUUCUACUCAUUGCAUCCAUUUCAGACAUGCAACAGAAGAUUGUUCUUACAUUCUAAUCACAUAUAUGUUUUCAUUUUGCAUUUUUUAUAGGAAAUUUUAGUUGGUUUGUAAUGGUUUGUGUGAUUUAUUUAGCAGAUUAUAGUUUUAUAGGAAGGCAGUCUUAUAUAUACUGCAUUCUUUUGAUGUGCUGUUACAUAAACAUUAUAUGUCUUUCCUCAAGCAGUGUACAAUAUACUUUAUUAUGUUAACCAUUGGUAUUAGACCAUUGGUAAAUCCUUGCUCUUAUUUUAUAUACAUGGGUGAUUUGUUACUUGUCC